AUGGAUGCAGAUUUCCGACCAACCCGGGAGAGCACACCCCCUCCGAAUGUGAGCUACCAGCAAUCGGUGCUCGGUCUUGCCCCCAAUGUACAUCCUCUUAACCCCUUCCCCUUCAUUCUCCGCGCCGCAGCCGUAUACCCAGACAAACUUGCCGUUGCUCAUCCUGACGUGACACAUCCCGCGUUCUAUACCUAUGCCGUUUGGGCUCAGCGCAUUCAGAAUAUGGCAUAUGCUCUUAUACAAGCAGGCAUCCGCCCAGGUGACCGCGUUGCAGUUAUAACGCCCAACUGUCCCUUGAUUGCAGAUGCUCACUUUGGCAUUCUUGCUGCUCGCGCUAUCGUCACACCUGUAAACACUCGUCUCACACCCCCUGAGGUCUCAUACAUUCUGGAACAUAGUGGAUCCAAACUUAUCCUCAUUGAUCGCGACUUCACGCAUCUCAUUGAGAAUAUUAAUAUUCCUACGGUUGUUUGUCAUGACACAGGCAGAGCAGGGGACCCAUAUGAAAGCUUCCUUAGUGCCGGCAGAGUAUUCAGUGCAGAAAAGGGGUGGACUGGCUUGGAGGUUGAGCCGGACGAGAAUGCCGGUGCAGUUUUAUGCUACACGUCGGGAACUACAGGUCGUCCAAAGGGCGUCCUCACCACGCUGCGCGGCUCUUACUUGGCAGCAAUAGGGAAUGUUGUUGAGGGACAGAUAAGUCGUGAGUCGACGUACUUGUGGAUUCUUCCAAUGUUCCAUGCAGCUGGUUGGACAUACCCGUGGGCAAAUGUCUUCGCAUGCGCGACACAGAUAACUAUGCGCUCUGUUGACUACCCGCUUAUCUGGAAGCACUUCCUGAAUUCCGGGGUAACUCACUAUUGUGGUGCACCCACUGUCCAGAUUGGAAUUGUGAACGACCCCGCUGGUAGACCUCUCCCUCGUAUUAUAUCCGCGGUUGUUGCAGGGGCCGCACCCACUGCUCACCUCAUCAGCCAGCUCGAGCAAAUGGGAAUCAAGCCUGUGCAUGUAUACGGUUUGACGGAAACGGGCGGACCCUUCACGCGCUGUUACGACCAACCUCACUGGAAGACGCUUACUUUGGAACAACGUGCGAAGCUGAUGGCUCGACAAGGUCAAAGCUCUGUAAUCGCACAAGAUACACGCGUGGUAUAUCCUCCACAAGACGAAAACGACGAAGAAUUCCGUGACGUUCCGAAAGACGGGCGCACGGUGGGUGAGGUUCUCAUGCGCGGAAACAUCAUCAUGAAGGAGUAUUUCCGCGACCCAGAAGCCACGCGUAAGGCUUUUCAGGGGCGCCACUUUCACUCAGGUGAUCUAGCCGUCUGGCAUCCCGACGGUGUCAUUCAGGUCGUUGACCGAAGCAAAGACCUGAUUAUCUCUGGAGGCGAGAAUGCAUCAAGCUUGGCCAUAGAACUAGAGCUUUCGAGUCACCCGCAUGCCUUAGAGGUAUCUGUCGUCGCCCGCUCGCACCCCAAAUGGGGUGAGCGUCCCAUGGCAUUCGUCGUUCUUCGCCCGGAGCACGCCGCCAAGUGGAAAGACAAUCAUGGCGGCUUCGCUACUGAGCUGAUCCGCCACGCUCGAACACUUUUACCCGGCUUUGCGUGCCCAGAAUGGGUGCAAAUAGUGGACGAAUUACCCAAAUCAUCCACUGGGAAGAUUCUCAAGACCGACCUUCGCAAAGCUGUUGCUAAACUGUGA